AUGUUUACGUUACCAGCUUUAACCAGGGACAUAACCGUUGAAGUCAAUACGUCAGCACAAAAGUCCAGUGCUGUUCGUCGCCCAAUCGAACCAGUGGGCAAGUACUUUAUGCACCAUGCUCAAAGAACAUUGAGAAAUCACACAUGGUCUGAAUUUGAAAAACUGCAAGCUGAACAAAACGUCAAGAAAGUUGAUGAAUCUAAUGUGGACCCGGACGAAGCUCUAUUUGAUCAAGAGAUUGCUGAUGUGAGCUUGCUGACACAUGAUCCAAGAGAUUGGAAAACAGCUGAUUUAUAUGCAGCUAUGGGUCUUUCAAAACUACGUUUUAGAGCCACAGAAAAUCAAAUUAUCAAGUCCCACAGAAAACAAGUUGUGAAGUACCACCCUGAUAAGCAAUCUGCUCACGGUGCUGGGCUAGAUCAAGAUGGUUUCUUUAAAAUCAUUCAGAAAUCCUUUGAGACAUUAACUGAUGUUACUAAGAGACGUCAAUAUGACUCAUGUGACUUUAACGCGGAUGUGUUACCACCAAAGAAAGGUACUGACUAUGAUUUCUAUGAAGCAUGGGGUCCUGUCUUCGAAGCCGAGGCCCGUUUUUCUAAGAAAACACCAGUUCCAAGUUUAGGUGAUGCUAAGUCUACCAAGAAAGAAGUUGAAGCAUUUUACUCAUUUUGGCAUAGAUUUGAUUCUUGGAGAACAUUCGAAUUUUUGGAUGAGGAUGUCCCAGAUGACUCUUCUAACAGAGAUCACAAGCGUUACAUUGAGAGAAAGAACAAAGCUGCCAGGGAUAAGAAGAAGACCGCCGAUAAUGCUAGAUUGGUUAAAUUGGUUGAAAGAGCAUUGAGUGAGGAUCCACGUAUCAAGCAAUUCAAGGAAGAGGAGAAGAAAGAAAAGGAAAGAAAGAAAUGGGAAAAGGAAGCAGGUAGCAGGGCCGAAGCUGAGGCUAAGGCUAAGGCUGAAGCUGAGGCUAAGGCUAAGGCUGAAGCUGAAGCUCAGGAAGCGGCUCUUGCUAAAGCUGAUAAGAAGAAAGCAAAAGAAGCUGCAAAAGCUGCAAAGAAGAAGAACAAGAGAGCUAUCCGUAAUUUGCCAAAGGAAAGCGAUUACUUCGGUGACUCUGAUAAGGCUUCUGCCAUUGACGAGCAAGUUGGUUUGAUUGUUGACUCUAUUGUUGACGAAGAAUUAGUUGAAAUUGCUGGCAAGAUCAAGGCCAGUCCUGCCGACGGCAAAGUAGUGCUACAAGAAGCUGCUAAGAAGUUGUCUGAUUCUGGCAAGCUUCCUGCCUCUUUGCUCUCUUACUUUAUUUAG